AUGUCUGACAAGAACACCUCCACUCUCCAGUCGUACAUCGACUCUGCCUCGGGCGCCGCUCAGUCUGCUCUCGGCUCCAUCAUUGGCAGCAACGCCGACAAGACCGCUGGCGAGAACAAGAAGGCCGAAGCCGACCUCAAGAACGACGCCUCGCACGCCGGAGCCAACGUCGGCGGCUACAGCGUCUCCGCCUCAGGUGUCGCUCAGAACGACCCCGACCGUAGCGCCGGCUCGUGGAACCAGACCCUGGGCUCCGGCAAGGAAGCCCUUGGUAACAUGCUCGGCAACGAGUCUCUGAAGCAGCAGGGUGCUCAGCAGAACCAGGAGGGCAAGGAGCAAGAGGCCAAGGGCCAACUCAACGACCUGGGCUCUGGUAUCGCCGACCGCGUCUCUGGCACUGUCGGUGGUGCUCUUGCUGGCAUCACUGGCAACCGCGCUGAUCAGGCCAAGUACCAGGCCCAGCACGACCAGGGCAAGACUCAGCAGCGUGGUGUUGAGGCCGACCUCGACAAGCAGGCCAGAGCUUAA